AUGGUCAAGAAGAAAAGGAGACCCGCAAGAGUACAACAAGAAGGCUUCCAGUCAGAGAGACCUGCUCAAACCGGCACAAUCUUCAACAUCUGGUACAACAAAUGGUCUGGCGGUGAUCGCGAGGAUGCCUACUCUUCCAAGACACAGGCAAAGGGCAGAUGCAACGUUGCCACAGAUUCUGGAUACACAAAAGCCGAUAGCAUCCCUGGUAGCUACUUUUGCCUAUUCUUCGCACGCGGUCUUUGCCCUAAGGGUCAAGACUGUGAGUACCUUCACCGUCUGCCGAAUUCGCGCAUAGAAAAAGAGGGCGGCCUGGGCGACAUCUUCCCCUCAAACGUCGACUGCUUUGGACGAGACAAAUUCAGCGAUUACAGAGACGACAUGGGUGGUGUUGGAAGUUUCAUGCGCGUCAACAGGACUCUAUACGUGGGAAGGAUUCACACAUCAGACGAUAUCGAGGAAGUCGUUGCCAGACACUUUCAAGAAUGGGGCCAGAUUGAGCGCGUACGUGUACUGCCAGCAAGAGGCGUAGCGUUCGUGACCUAUGUCCACUUGGCCAAUGCUGAAUUCGCAAAAGAGGCUAUGGCGCAUCAAUCCCUGGACAACAACGAGACACUGAAUGUACGAUGGGCAACUGUCGAUCCGAAUCCACAAGCACAGAAACGAGAAGCCCGCAAGAUCGAGGAGCAGGCGGCAGACGCAAUCCGCCGUGCGCUACCGGCAGAAUACGUGGCCGAGAUUGAAGGUCGUGGUGAGGGCUGGGAGGAGGCGAGGAAGAGGAGAAAGGUUGAAGGCACUUUUGGAUUACCAGGAUAUGAGGCCAGCGACGAGGUGUGGUACGCGUCAGAGAAGGCUAGACUUGGAGCGCCACAAGAGCAAUAUCUGCUCGAAGCUGGUGAUUUACAGGAUGAGGACGAUGACGCCGCACCGCUCAGGAUUGAGGAUAUGAAGAGACAGGAUGUGCCUUCCGGAAUCCUUGGUGGGUCAACACUGAGCGCGUUGAAGGGCUUCACAGCAGGCUCAGGAGCGGCAGCCAGCAAAGCUCCAGAUAAGCCUGCAGGUCCAUUAGUCGGAUAUGGUAGCGACGAUGACAGCGAUUGA